CGCAGCAAAUGGCGGCCGGCGGGGCGCGGCGGGGCGGUCCCCGCUGCCCUCAGUGCCCACGGGCCGAGCCGUGCCGGGCUAUGUCGGACCACGCCGAGCCGUGCCGGGACAAGAUCCCCCCGCAGCCUCCAGAGCCCCUCAGGCCCGGCCGGGGCGGAGCGUGGGGUGGAGGCGGCGGGCGGAAGGGCGCUGGGGCCGGAAGAUGGCCGAGCCGGAGGCGCAGCUGCUGCUGGCCGUGGGGCUGAUCGAAAAAGACACCAGCGGCGAUGCGCUGUGGGUCUGGUGCUAUCCGUCCGUGACAGCGGAGCUGAGGAAUCUGUUGCUGCGGAAAAGCUGCCUCACGGAUGAAAACAAACUGCUUCAUACCUUUGUGUUUGGCCAGUACAAAAGGUCGUGGUUCUACAUCACAACUGUGGAAGUUCAAGAGUCUCCGGUCUUGAAAAAGGUGACCCACUUCUCCAUUGUUCUGACAGCCAAAGACUUCAACCCGGAGAAAUAUGCAGCCUUCACUAGGAUACUCUGUAGAAUCUACUUGAAGCAUGGAAGUCCAGUUAAAAUGAUGGAGAGUUACAUUGCAGUCCUUACAAAGGGGGUCUGCCAAAGCGAAGAAAAUGGAUCUUUCCUCAGCAAAGACUUCGAUGCUCGGAAGGCUUACCUUGCUGGGUCCAUUAAAGAUAUAGUAUCUCAGUUUGGAAUGGAAACGGUUAUCUUAUAUACAGCACUGAUGUUAAAGAAGAGAAUUGUGGUAUAUCAUCCUAGAAUAGAAGCCAUCCAGGAGUUUACCAGGACUUUGCCUGCUUUAGUGUGGCAUCGACAAGACUGGUCCAUUCUUCAUUCGUACGUACAUCUAAAUGAAGAGGAGGUGGAAGCCUUAAAAGCCUGCACAGGUUACAUUGCUGGAUUUACAGAUUCUGAAGUGAACAGCAGGCCAGAUCUCUAUGAUGUGUAUGUGAAUUUGGCAGACAGUGAGAUCACCAUUUCCCCUCUAGUAAAAGAGGCAAUGACAAUGGGAAAACUUCACAAAGAAAUUGGACAACUAAUUGUUCAAUCUGCAGAAGAUCCAGAUAAAUCAGACAGCCAAGUCAUUAAGGAUAUUUCUCUGAAGACAAAAGAAAUCUUGGCUACUUUAGCCUCCCUCACUGAAGUUUCUGAUGGCAGUGAAAAACCAACCCUUAACUCUGAGGCCCUGAAACAAAAGCGAUUUCCGCCAGCUACAGAAAACUUUCUUUUUCAUUUAGCAGCUGCUGAACAAAUGCUUAAAAUCUGAUUUUGAUGCACUUCAGUGUAGUGGACCAGUUCAAGAAUAUCUUUGCCAUACAAAUAGGAAUACCCAAUUUUUGUAUGGGCAAAUUUAGGGUGUAAAGUGAAUGCCAUAUUUACCAUGUAAUAACGCAGAAUAUCGGGGCUUGACCUGGAACAUACGGAGGCGUAUCUAGGAACAUUCCUGGUGUCACUAUCUUUCCCCAACUAUAACUUUGUACCUAAGGCUCUCGUAUUUCAUAUGACAACGUGGGUGUGUAUACGUGUAGCAUGGGCACGUGUGUCCAGGCUGUGCCAGGCGUUGUUAUAGCGGCCGUUUGUCGUGCAGGGUCCAGAUGUUGGACAGCUCUGUUCUUACUCUGCCCUGCGCUCCUCGUGUCUGGAACACAGGCUGCAGCAGGUCAGCUGCAAAGCCAACGCAUUUUGGAUGUGCUAGUCUCUGCGCAGGGAUACACUGAUCACGUUGUUGGUCUGAGUGCUCACUCUGGGCUUCCAGGUAUGUCGGGUGGUCAGAUACUGCUCUUCUGGACUGUCUGAGACCUGGAAAUCCCAAAUAAAUGGAAAAGUUCUCUUCUUUCUA